GAAGAAAGCCUCAUCCACAAAGCAACGUCAGGAAACGGGUUUGAACACCAGAAUAGAAGGAAGAACAGAAGAUAAAAUAUAUAAACCCAUUACAUACCUUCAGAGAUACAUCAUUCUCAUCAUCGCAUCAACAUCAACUUUCAAGUACAUACUUCUCAAAACAUACUCACAGCACACGGCUCCUCGUUGUCUUCACACUUUCAUUAAAACCAUUUUUUUUUUAAAAAAAAACAAAACACCUUCCUCAGUCAAAAUGAAGUUCACAAUCACUGCUAUCACCGCCGUCAUCAUGGCAUUCGCUCCCCUCAUCUCCGCUGCUCCUGCUCCAGUAUCGGCAAACGAGCCCGAGCUCGUCCGUCGCUCAAACUCAGGCGACUUGACCUACUAUGCUGUAGGUCUUGGUGCCUGUGGCGUGACCAAUUCCGACUCCGAAUUGGUCGUUGCCAUGUCAGCAGGACUUAUGGGAACCCAGUCCAACGGCAACCCCAACUGCGGAAAAAAGAUCAAGAUCAGCCAUGGCGGAAAGUCCGUCACUGUUAAGGUUGUUGAUAAGUGCAUGGGCUGCGCUACAUACGACUUGGAUUUGAGCCCUGCCGCAUUCAAGGCUCUUGCUCCAGAGUCUGCUGGACGCAUCAAGGGAACCUGGUCUUUCGUUUAGAUUGACAGACAUUCGGAAAUCGGCAGGGCUGCAUCAAAAUAUUGAUAUGCCGUGGAGUUUAUCCCUGCUGGACCAUGGCUAGUAGUGGGUCGGUGGUGUUUGUACGUGGGGGCGGAUGAGAAGUUGUGAUUCCGGUGGAGAUUUUUGCAGCAUCUCAUAUGGUAGAUCGUUUUAUUUUCGUUGGAUUCUUGAGAGAGGUUUUGCAUUCUGGGGUUCGGAUAUCGUGAGGAGAAAUGGUUAUCUGGUGUUGUAUCUAUAAAAAUACUGGUGGAAAGAGAAUAUUUCGUAGAGGUAAAUUGAAUUUGUCCUGCGGCAUGAAAUCAAGGGUUUGAUUCCAUUCAUUUCGUGAUGGUGACCUUGAACUUUUCCAUUGUGGCGUGAAUGUCUAGGCUCCAGCGAUGCAUAAGAAAUCCGAACAGGUAACUUCAACUGCACAGCAAUGUCUUUGACCCAGGAACUUAUCA